AUGACCUUCUGGGUCAGAUACAGGGAACUUGAAGUUAACCUUUCUGUUCAAACAGAAGAAUCAAUAACAGAAGAUGACAAGAGGAGAAACUACGGAGGGGUAUAUGUUGGCCUUCCAUCUGAAGCUGUCAGCAUGGUAGCCAAUCAAACAAAGACAGUGCCAAAAACUUUAUAG